GAAGCGCACGGGUGUAGAAGCAUAAUAAGCAUGUUAGUUGCGUGGGUGGCAACGUGGAAAAACAAGAGUGGGUAAGAAUAGGGAAUUAGGGAGAGAAGGAUAAGAGAGAGAAAACAGGAGGAGCAGGAACCAGGCAUGGAAGGGCUGGCCAUGCUGAAGCAGCUCAUUGCGCAGCUUCAACACCUCUUUGACACUUACCACUCUCAAUCUUCUCUCAUCUUUCAACAACAACACCCCAGGAAUGUUGGUUCAACUUCCACUUAAUGUCAGGGAGGAUAUGAUUUAUGAAAUUGUUUAUACUUUUCACAGAUGGACGACCUCCCUUGACAUUGAAGAUAACUCUGUAGAUGACUUCUGUGGCCUUGUAAUGACAGCUGGAAAGUCUGGCAGUUUCAGGAUGUCGGAGCCUGGAAAGCCUCCACCUACUAAGAAGUCUCGAAGAGAUAGAAGCAGGGGCAAAUCAUCUGGAAGAUCUUGUACAACUGAAGUUAUGGAACAAGAAAUUUGGAAAGAUUUUCCUGAAGAUUUAUUUGAGGCUGUGAUUGCACGUCUUCCCAUUUCCACAUUUUUCCGCUUCCGUUCUGUCUGCCGGCAGUGGAAUUCCAUGCUGAAUUCUCAAAGUUUUUCUCAGCAUUGUACUCAAGUCACACAAGAAAAUCCAUGGUUUUACACCAUUACCCAUGAAAAUGUGAAUUCGGGAGCCAUGUACGACCCUUCUUUGAAAAAAUGGCAUCAUCCAACUAUAUCAACACCGCCCACAAAAUUGAUUGUUUUACCUGUGGCUUCUUCUGGCGGCUUAGUUUGCUUUCUUGACAUUGGUCAUCGAAACUUCUUUGUUUGUAACCCACUGACUCAAUCCUUCAAGGAGUUGCCAGCUCGAUCAGUCAAGGUCUGGUCUCGUGUUGCUGUAGGGAUGAUGGCAAAUGGAAACUUUGCUGGUUCAGGCUACAAGAUCGUAUGGGUAGGUUGUGAUGGAGAAUAUGAAGUAUACGACUCAGUCAGAAAUUCUUGGAGUCGUCCAGGAAACAUGCCUGUGGGCAUGAAGCUGCCAUUGUCGCUCAACUUUAGGUCUCAAGCUGUCUCUAUUGGCAGCACACUUUAUUUCAUGCGUUCAGACCCAGACGGGAUUGUUUCCUAUGAUAUGGCAACUGGGGUUUGGAAACAAUAUAUAAUCCCAGCGCCACUGCAUCUGACUGAUCACACUCUGGCUGAGUGUGAUGGCCAGGUCAUGCUUGUGGGUUUGCUCACGAAGAAUGCAGCCACUUGUGUAUGCAUAUGGGAGUUGCAGAAAAUGACUCUCUUGUGGAAGGAGGUUGACAGAAUGCCAAACAUAUGGUGCUUGGACUUUUAUGGGAAGCACGUUAGAAUGACUUGCCUGGGGAACAAAGGCUUGCUCAUGUUGUCCUUGAGAUCAAAACAAAUGAACCGAUUGGUUACUUACAACAUAGCAAAGAAAGAAUGGCUGAAGGUUCCUGGGUGUGUCGUGCCACGUGGGAGAAAACGACAGUGGAUAGCAUGUGGUACUGCAUUUCAUCCAUGCCUGACUGCGGUGGUGUGAUUUCUCAUCUAUCUCUAACAGCAAUGGCCUAGCAACGGCCUGCCAUUUCCCCCCUCCAGUCUUGUAGUUCUUUUGCAAUUUGCAGGCCUUUGGUGUUGCUGUAGGUAAUCCUAAUGUUCAUUGCUGGUUUAACAAAGUAGAUGAAAAAUAAUAUGGGUUUGUAGUGAUUCACGUUUUUUCAUGCUCUCAGACAUGUAAACAUUACUUUGGUUUUGUUAUGAAUGCCUCAUCCUGGGAACACCUUGGUAAAAGGUGAUAUAAAACUGCAGUUCUUUUCUGUAUUCAGAGUGUGAGUGGUUUUUUUCUUAUAUUUGUUUGUGCUAUGGGGAGAAGCUGAUAGAGGAUCCUUGAUGAGGUAUUCUAGAUGGAAGUAAAUAUAGUUUUCAUAUUUAUUGUUUCCA